UCUGUGCACUUCAGUUACUACUAAAUGCCGGUGUACUGUCCGUUUAACACAUAACAGAAUCGAAUGCGCUACGACUGAGAAAGUGACUCUUAGAAGUACCACUUAGAUUACGACCUUUUAGAGGAUAUUCACAAAGACUUUCUUUUAAAUCAUUAAUCUUGAAAGGCAUUAGACAAAUAUUGGGCAUUGCGUCAAUAUCAUGAGUUAUUCUAUUUUACAAACUGCACAAAGGCCUUUAAAGACAGCUUUUACAUCAAAAAGGAACCAACAUUUAUCGAACGACAUUCUUGAGGGUAUCACACAAGGAAAUUUGUAAGGCCCACUUGGACGGACUUGAGAAGACUGUCGCAGGGAACUGGUGAAGAGCAUCAAAGGAACCUUCAAUAUGGCUGCAGCAAAUUUGUCGGAAGAAAAUGGCACCGCGUUCGAAAAAGAAUCACCAAAAUUUGCCGUAUCGACAGUUGUUGUGAGCUCGUUGUUCGUAGUGAUCUUAAUUCUCUUAACCAUAUUUGGCAACGUUUUAGUAAUCAUGGCUUUCAAAACGUUUCGUCGUAUGCGACAAGUAACAAACUACUUCAUUGUUUCUUUGGCCGUUACAGAUUUGUUAGUAGCUGUGUUUGCGAUGCCGAUCUGGGUUGCCUAUCUAAUCACAGGACCAGAMUGGGUGUUAGGCGAAGUGGUACAAAUGCUAUGGACUAGUGGUGAUAUCAUGGUUAGCGUUGCRUCGAUUUGGCAUUUAACAUUUGUAAGCAUUGACCGAUAUCUUUGUAUAUGUGCUACCCUCAAGUACCAUUCCAUUAUGACUCCGUUUCGUGCGACUGUCAUAUUAGUGGGCAUAUGGCUAUAUUCUAUCUUAGUGGCGUCUCUAGGUCCAAUACUGUGGGGAUGGAGAGGCUAUAAUCUCGUUGUCAGCAUUCUAAACUUCAUUCUCCCAGUUGUAGUAAUAUUUGUUACGUAUUUUCGGAUUUUUCAAAGAGCGAGGUAUCACGCACAACAAAUCGUGAUGUCUUUAUCUGGAAAACAAGGCAGAUUCUUUAGAAAAGAACUAAAAGCGACCAAAACAUUAGCGGUUGUAAUUGGAGCGUUUCUGGUCUGCUGGUCACCGUUUUUUGGUUUAAAUUUAAGUUAUUACAUCGUUCGWCGCGCACCAUCACCCGUGAUUGUGGCCAUUGCUAAAUGGGCACACUAUGGAAACAGUUCUUUAAAUCCAAUUAUCUACGGUGUUAUGAACAAAGACUUUAGACGGGCCUUUAAAAAGCUCCUUUCGCCAUAUCUAUCAGGAGUGAAGUCCCAAAUGCCUCCAAACGGUKGUCCCCACUCAACAACAGAAAACGAACAAAGGCUUUUUGUUUGCAACAGAGACCAAGGACAAGACAGAAGGAGGUCAAGCUUAAGUGACAGACAGUAUCAUGCAACCAUGCURUGAUUAACAUUCUCUGUGCCUCAUCUUUKACAAUAUCUGUGGUUGUUUUUGCCUUGAACCAUGCACCUUCCCUGUGAAAUGGACCUGAACUUAUAAAUWGUUUUUAAAAAUACUAAUCUAAGGACAUACUUCCUUGAAUCGGGUCACACUCUUUAACUUAUAUAUCAACAACCUUAGAUAAAAAAAUACUGCUGUACACCUAAAUACACCACGGAGCGAAUUAUGCCAGCUAAAAAUAUGUAUAUAGUUCUAAAUUUUAUUUUAGAGUUGGUGUGAUAUCGUCAGACAUCACCGACUUGAUAAAUGUAGAUGUAGAUGCUACAAUCGGCGAUGAGUACGUAUAUAUCACAACGCUUUCGACUGUAAGGGUCUUYAAGACAUGUUUCAUAAUAAUUGUCGAACAGUUUGCUCUCUUGAAACUUUUGAAUGGGACAAACAUUGAUAAGCUGCCACUUUUCCACACAAUUUCUUCGGUCUGUGCAGGGUCGUGUCCCCGGAGUCGUGUCAUGGCAAUUAUGUGAUCAGUUAUCAGCGUUAUUUUGGGACCAAGAGUCARGAUUUUAGCUUUGGGAUCGGGGUCACAGCUCCUGGGAUCGGGAUCGGGAUCACUCAAUGUUUUGGGUUCAGAGAUCUAAUAUGAAAAGAAGUUUGGGAUCCGGGACGUACCGAAAGUAUGGCCAAAAAAUGGAAUCAYGAAUAAACAAAAAAAUACCAUGUCACGACCGGUCUUAGAGAUAAUUGCAAGAAACUGUAGAUAUUAGUUAUUUCGAAUCAUAUCAAGAUUUACAUGUGCAACUGAUAUGACCAAGAGAGCGUAUCUUUGGCUUUCUCCCCAGGGAACUCUUAGCCAGGUAAAUAAAAUAAAAUUCGUAUCUCCGCUCGCCCAUGUAAUAACCUCUAUUUACGUAAUUAUAUGAUAAACCAGAAUAUUACACGGUCGCUUGGAGAUAUUUUUCUUCUGUURAAAAUCUCUCUUUUCAACACUCGAAGAUAAAAUCUGUAUCUCCGCGUGCCCAUAUAAUAUCCUCAAUAUAAUGCUAAUUGUUAUGUACAAUGCUCUUUAAUCCCUUUGUUUUGACUCGGCAAUGAUAACCUUUCAUAACAAGUAAAACUUCCCGUGUCCUCCGCCAUCUGCAAACCAUGUGCUAUGCCAUAUCUGCGGUGUGGCAUGUAGGGGCACUUUUACCAAGGGUUCCUCAGCUUUCUCUAUACACAGGAAGCCCAACAUGGAUUAUCAAAUAUCCCUACCCUGUGACACUGAAUGAUUGACAACCCACAAGAGAUGCGAAGAGUACGAUAGUAGAAAGAAGAGCGGAAGGCAAAUGCCUGCGGAGGAGGUUAGAUUUUUGGAACCAACUCUAGCAUGCACUAGAGUACUAGAUUACAAACGCCAUGGAGAACUUUAGCAAUUUAAUAGUGCUAAAUUGAACUGAUUUAUGUUGUUUUCUAUUGUCUACACAAUGUUACGUCAUGCAAUAUAGUACAAUGGUUUUUAUUAACCUAUUAAUUCUAUUG